AUGUCUGGAAAUUAGAAAAUGACGCAGAGGAGAAUCACAAUAUCCUCUGAAUUGGCAAGUCGUUCGAUAUCCUUAGCAUAAAUAUACCAAGGUAUUUGCAUCGAUGAAAUAGAUUCAAAUUAAUAAUACAUUAAAAAUGACAAUAGAAACUCAAUCAAAUAAUUCAAGUUUUCCUAGCAGGCAUCAGUUUUGAAGAUUGCUGCUUCCCGUUCUAAACUUCAAGAAGAAAGGUAGAAUAUUAUUAAUUCUGAAGAGAAUUAGAUCAAUCAUUUUGUUUAAGUAGCCAAUAUUUUACAGAAGACUCUUUACCUUCCAUACAUGUUGUUGAUAAAUUUAACGAUUCAUCUGAGAGUAACUCGGAAGAUGAUAUUAAAAACGAACAAAAAAGUUAGAAGUCUAAGAAAUAUAAGAAAAACUAAUUUAUGGGUGACAAUAAAAAUAAAGAAAAUUUUUUUAAGGAAGCAUUAUAAAUAUCCACUAAAUUUUUUGAUGCACAAAUUGAUUUAGAAAAAAUAAAACGAAAACAUCUUAAACUAAGUUAAAGAAAUCCAUUUAAAGACCCUUAUUAUGUUCAAUUAAAAGUAUAGAGCGGUUAUAAUCGAUUGAAUUAUGAACUGAGCGUAAAAUUUACUAGUUAAUUUAGCAUUAUCAUGACAAAAAUAAAUAUUUGAAGAUAAGGAAGUAUAUUGUUUAUUUAUGCUAUCUUCCCUCUUUAAUUAUAGAGCCAAUUUUAUUGACCGUGUUUUUCAAGUUAUUUAUGACUGUUCUUAUUUUAUGCAAUGUUGGAUUAUUCAUUUUUGUGAAAACUAACAAAAGAACUGAUACUGACAACAUCGAGUAGGUCAUAACCAUUCUGUUUUUAAUUGAAAUUGGUAUGAGGAUCAUAGCAUCUGGUGUAAUUUUGAAUCGGAAGAGUUUCUUUAGGAGUCCUCUUAAUGUUUAUGACUUUCUGUUGGUUAUCUUAACAACCAUGAAUCUCUACAGACCUGAUAUUAUCAUUAUAGAUUUGUCUCCUUUCAGAAUGAUCACUCUAUUAAACUAUUUGGGAGACAUCCUUAAAGGAUUAUCAACCAUGUUGAAAGCAUUAAAAUCCUCAUUACGCUUAUUGUUAGAAGCAUUGAUUAUAGUUGGUUUAUUUUCUUUAUUUUUUGGUGUUUUUGGAGUGCUGCUAUUUUAGAAUUUAUUUAAUUAUAGAUGUCAAUUUGAAAAUGGAGAAGAGACGGAGGAUUGGAUUCAAUGUGUGUAAGACUCAUGUCCUGAAGGCAUGAAGUGUCUUUAUUCUAAUUAAACACCUAAAUUGCCAACAUCCUUCAAUAACAUUAUCUACGCAUUGGGAUAGAUCUUAAGAACUAUUACAAUGGAUGAUUGGAGUUGGGUCAUGUUUUUUACGAUGAGGAUUUAUCAUCCUUAUGUUUGGAUUUAUUAUUUGCUGAUUAUCUUUGUGGGAGGCUUUUUUGGUUUCAAUUUGGUCAUUGCAGUAUUGAAGACACAUUAUGCUGAGGCAGCAUAGGAGACUGUCUAGGAGGAAAGACAAUAAGAAAUGUUAAAGAGAUUGAAAGAAAAACAAGAAAACCCAGAGAGAGAUUUAAUAUCAAUCUUUGAUGUAGCCAUCCUUAGAUUCAUAGGAAUAUAUUAAUCUUAUUAAAAGUAUCAUAUAUAAUUGCAAAAUGUUGCUAAUGUUACCUAAAAAUUUACAAUAGAAAACAUUAAAAAGGUGUAAGAAACAUCUCAUAAGCCAAGAACAUUGUCAGGUAAAUAAACCAAUUUUGAAAAAGUAAUUAAUAAUUAUUAAAUCUUAGAGGAAAAAAGGAAUUUAAGAUUAUUUGGAAAGCAUCAACUUAAAAUAUUUGUUGCUUCCAAAAUUAAAAUAUUUGGAGAAACUUUAGAAAGAAAUAAAACCAACUAAUUUUACUGAUGACCCUUUAGAAUUGAAAUUAAUCCAUAAGUUAUUGUAAUAUGAUUUCAGUUAAUUGAAGCCAUAUCCCAAUUUUGACAUCUAUCAUGAAUUUAGUAGUGUACAGGAUAUCCUCUUGGCUUAAACGUAAAUUUGUUAUUUGAAUUAAGUUAAAAAUAGUAGAGUUUGAAUGAAUAAAAAUAAAAAUAGCUAACAUAAUAGAGACGUUCGAUCCGGUUAAAGCAAACCUAUUCGUUGUCGACUCUGAAUUUGUUAAAGAAACAGCCUCAAAGAGAGAAAUGUAAAUUACCGUUGAAAAAACAAAGGAGAUUUGGAAAUGUAUUAAGAGAAGAUCAAACGCUGGAAAACUCAGGAUAGAAUAUUAAUGUGGGGAGAUAGGAGUUAAUGAAAGUACAUAAUUUGAAACAGGGAAAUGCAAUAAAGGGCAUGCCAUUCACAGUUAGAAACAAAUAAAAGACGUAUGUCUUCAUAUAGGAAUAAUAUAUCGAUUAUGAGGGAGUAAGUGAGAAGAUAAAUGCAAAGAUACAGAGAAUUCCUGAUAAUUCUGAAUCGAACGAAUUCAGGUAUGGAUUAAUCAGGAAGAAGGAGAUGGUCAGUAAAAUGAUAGAUAAGAAGAAUUGGUCAGGGAGAGAUGUACUUUAUUAGAAUUUAGCAAGGUUCAUAAGUUUUAAUUAGAUAAAGAAGUCAUUAAAUCACUAGGAAAAGAAGAUAUGGUUAAGAGGAAUUAGUGGUAAGAUUUAGAUAGCCUAAAAGUAUACUUAUAUAGUGGUAAGCAGCAAAUUUAGUGAUUUGUUCUUUGAUUUGAUAAUAUUGUUUAACUUUGUGUUUUUGUCAUUGCAGGGGAUUGUGAAUCCUGGAUUGAUAUCUCAGAUAGAAGACAUAACAACAAUGUGUUUAUGUAUUGAGAUAGUGAUGAAGCUAUUCUCAUUUAACUGUAAGGAAUUAAUAAGUGAUUGGAAUCACAUAGUUCAGAUAUUGAUAGUGUCAUUAAAUUUUGUGGAGUUAACUUUGGGGGAUGAGAUUGGGAGUUCAACACAGCAAGGUUUGAGAUUGAUUCGAGGGACGAAAUGUUUACUAUUUUAUCGAUGUUUAAAGUACAAUAAGAUGGCAGCUAAGAUAGGAUGGAUAGCAUAGAAGACAUUUGAAUAGUACAUAUAUUUAACAUUUUUAAUGUUCCUGGUCAUUUUCAUGUAUGCUCUAAUAGGAAUGGAAAUGUACGCAGGGAUGUUUGAUUAGGAUGAUACACUAGGAUAGUUGCAUUCAUUUGAUAAUAUCAUCAAAUCUUUUAUGACAAUUUUCAACAUAAUGACAAACGAUGAUUGGUAUGGAGUUUAUGUGAUGGGAGGGAGUUUGAAUUACACUUUUGCAGUGAUAUAUUCAUAUUCAAUGGUGAUAAUAUUGAACUACUUGACUUAUGGUUUGGUGUUGGCAAUUCUGCUAGAUGGGUUUGGAAAGUAUUUAGGGAAUGAGGAAGAGAUUCUUAAGGAGGAUGAAAUGUAGAGUCUACAGAAUUCGUUAAAUUCUGAGCAGCAUGACGUGAAUUUUGAAGAGGAGGAGAGCAAAGAUGUGGAGAUAUAAACAAGGCGAUACAAGUUAAGUUUGAUUUCCAAUUUGUUGAUUUCAAUAAAAUAAGCGUAUAAUAAAAUUUAGAGGAAGAAAGGAUCAAUCUAUCAUGAGAUACACUGUUAACAAUCUUUGUAUAUAUUUGAUAAGAGCAAUUAGUUUAGAGCUAGUGUCACAAAAGUAGUGAUAUCUCCAUUUUAUAUGUAUCUGAUGGAUGGAGUAAUUUACUGGUCAAUUGUGGUAUUUAUAGUAAAGACAUAUCAUGAUUAUGAGAUAGACUCAUCUGAUCUGCCAGAUACUCUGCAAUUAAUAGCCAAUAUUUUGAUAAUAAUCGAUUUCUGGUUGAAUAUUAUUAGCAAAGGUUUGAUCUUGGACAGAGGGUCACAUAUUCAGAGUAUUUGGCAGAUUGUGGAUAUUAUUUACAUAGUUGCAUACUUUAUACAGUACAAUAGAAGUAAUUAUGCGCGAAUAGUGGAUGUUCUGAUGUUCUUGGGUUAUUUCAGACCAAUGAUAUUGAUGUAUAGAAUCAGUUGGCUGAUUUAAUUAAGGGCUGCAUUGGCACAGUCAUUGGUGGAUAUUCUGAAUGUGCUGAUUACUCUACUUUCAGUGUGGUUUGUGUUUGGAGUGUAUGGAAUAAUUUUAUAUGAGAAUCAAUUUGGAUUUUGUGAGGACAAGAUGGAAUUUUAUGUCUCUUAUGAGGAGUGCUAAUCACAAAAUAAAACAUGGGUGAAUUAUAAACAUAACUUUGAUAAUAUUACUGUUGCUAUACCCACUUUAUUUGUGGUGUCUACUUUUGAUGGUUGGGGCGAGAUAUUGCAAGUGGCUGAAAACAGUUAGAUUGCAGACAUAGGACCAGUUCCAUUUGAUGGUUACCUUUACACAUAUUUCUUUUUGAUAAUAUUCUGUUUCAUUGGGUCAAUGUUCUUUUUGAGUUUAUUUACAGGAGUUCUAUUUACAAAUUUGAAGGAGAAUCAAUUCAAGAUGUAAAACAAUGAGUUAAGUCAAGUGCAGCAAGAAUUCAAGAGCAUCACUAACAUAAUCAUGUCUGACUUUCCCAUUUAUUCUACGCCUCCAAAGAGUGGAGCUCGUAAAAUAGCAUCAGAUAUUGUAAACAAUACCAGGGUCAAAUAAUGCAUAUUCGCUUUUCUGAUUAUGGACCUAAUCAUUUUGUUAUUGUUCAGUUCUGAAAUGGACAGAGAUUACUUUCUUGUUAUCAACUCAAUACACAAUUCUUUGACUAUUCUCUAUCUCCUAUGGAUCAUCUUGUUAGUGUUGGCCUUGGGAGUGAAUAGAUUUUUUGAUAACAAUUGGAGGAGGUUCUACUUCUUCUUGAUACUUGUCGGAAUGACUGACUUAAUCGCACAUUACAUAACUGACUGGACUAGAGUGUAAUACUACUCAUCUCCAAAUGAAUAGUAUUAUCAACUGUAUCGUUUCUUCUUUGCAUUACGCAGUCUAAGAAUCAUUCUCAUCUUCCAAGGACUCAUCAAUAUCCAGAGACUGAUCAGAGUAAUGGCCUUUGCUGUGCCAUACUUAGUCAAGAUCUUCACUAUUCUCAUCAUCACCAUGUUUAUAUUUGCUCUAUUCGGAUGCCAAUUAUACGGCAAGAUAGACUCAGGAUAAGUGAUGGAUGAUCUCAUUAAUUUCACUAAUUUUGGAAAUGCAAUGUUGGCACUCUUCAAAUGUGCUUCUGGGGAUGAUUGGAGAACCAUCAUGACUGACACAAUGCAACACAAUCCCUUAUGUUAAGAAGACCCAAAGUACUGUGGAUCUCCUGCCAAUCAACUAUAUUUCAUACUCUUUAUGCUCCUAUCCAAUUAUGUCCUCCUCAAUCUAUUCGUCUUAGGCCUUAUUGAGCAAUUUGAACAAUUCUUCUAAAUGCAGAAUUCCUAAAUCCAAACCUAUGUCGAAAAUGUUGACAACAUCAAAACCAUCUGGUGCAAAUAUACCACUUAAACUGAAGGACAAACCUUGCAUUACAAAUUCUUGGGCAAAUUCCUGAUGGACAUUGGUCUCCCUCUUGGAGUUGACCAAGACUCCAAUCUCUGGGAUGCCUGCAAGUUGUCAUCCAAAUUUAAACUAUAAUGGUAUUCUAAUUCUAAUUAUAAUUCUUAGUGACUCCCAUGGUUACAUCCAAUAUAACUCACUUAUGUACGAACUGUUCAGACGAUGUUUCUAUCAAGAAGUGUUCACCUAAGGCACUCCAGAAUCUAUCAAAUUAAUCAAACAAUUCAAUAAAGAACAGCAAUUCAGACUCAAAUAUUACCGGAAAAACAUAAAUAUCCCUAGAACAAAUAUAGGUCCUGCCAUCACUAUUCAAACCAACAUCAAUUUACUUUGCGACUAUUUAAAUGUAUUAAUCUUAUUUAAAACAUGGCAAUAAUUCAGUAAGGCUCUCAUUAAGAAACUCAAUCAAGAUGAUCAUCAAUUUACUGAUAGCGAUAUUUCUCUGCAAGACCCUUCAGAAAACGGGUAACACGUUUAUUUAUUUCCACUUUUAGAUAUCAAAAGAGUUAGAAUCAUAUCCUAUAGGAGGAGGGCUAGAUCGAAUCCAAACAGGAUAAUUGCAUCGAUUAACUCCAAAUCAGUCGACACAGUGUCUCCUAAAGUAGUUAGAUUAACCAAUAUAAUGACUUGCUUAUUUAUAAAGGAAACUAUGAAACAUCUCUAUAAAGUGAGAAUCGAGACUUUACAUUUCUAAAAACUGAAAAACGCUACGAUUCUGAUUUAUGAUUAAUUUGGAUUAAAUUUGUUUAUCAAUUGAUUUGCCAUCUAUAUAUAAAUAUUAAAUAUUAUAAAGGAUGAAAUAACGAAUAGUCACUUAAGCAGACGAUAUUCCACAAGAUUACCAAGUAUAAAAUGGAAAUUAGCUGUCCAAUCAAUAUUAGAUCUGUUCAGUAGUAGGCAACGGCACUUUCGGCAUGGUUUAUUUGGUAUAGUCGAAAAAAUGAUAGUUUAGGCUAUCGACACAAAAACCAAUGAGAAAGUAGCUAUAAAGAAGGUGUUUUAAGAUAGGAGAUACAAGAAUAGGGAACAUCUCAUAAUUUCAGAGUUGAAUCACCCAUGCAUUGUGAAAUUGAGGUAAGCUUUCUUUACUCAAGGAGACAAUGCCAAAAAUGUUUAUAUUAAAUUUAAUGUAGACGGAAGAUAUCUAUUUGAAUUUAGUGAUGGAUUACAUCCCUGAAACCUUAAGCAAGGUGAUACGCAAUUACAAAAACAAUAAAACCUCCUUCCCCAAUCAAACACUCAAGAUAUACAGUUACCAAAUGCUCAGAGCCAUGGCCUAUUUGCAAGGUUAUUGACUCCAAAUCAAUCUAGGCAUUGGCAUUUGUCACAGAGACAUCAAGCCUCAAAACAUAUUAGUAAACCCUACUAAUCAUGUACUGAAGAUAUGCGAUUUUGGAUCUGCCAAAAGAUUGGUGGCUGGAGAACCCAAUGUUGCCUACAUAUGUUCACGAUAUUAUAGAGCUCCUGAAUUAAUAUUUGGAGCCACGGAGUACUCCACGGCCAUCGACAUUUGGUCCAUAGGUAAGAGACUUCCAAAAUAUGUUAUCAGGAUGUGUGAUUGCAGAGAUGCUCAUUGGAGAACCCCUGUUUCCAGGAGAAAGUGCCACUGAUUAAUUGGUCGAAAUUAUCAAGAUCUUGGGAACACCUACUAUUGAUCAAAUCAAGUAGAUGAAUCCUUAACAAUAGCAAUACAAAUUUCCAUAAAUUAAGUGUCAUCCCUGGGCCAAGGUAUCAUCGUUUCUUGAUUAUAAUAUUUAGGUGUUUGGUAAAUUUAAACCAGAACCUAAUUUUAUAGAUUUCCUCAGUAAAAUUCUGGUUUAUUCUCCACGGGAUAGAUUGAAACCGUUGGAGGCUUUGUUGCAUCCUUACUUUGAUGAAAUCAGACAGCCAAAUUUUGGAGAUCAAAACACCAAGUUGCCUAAUUUCUUUGAUUUCUCAAAGGGUAAUAUCAAUAAUGAAUUUUCAUAGAGGAAUUACAAAUUCAACCAGAAAUAGCUCACAAACUGACACCAAGUUGGGUUAAAAAGUGA